AUGGGCCGGCUGCGUUCGAGCUUGGCUGGAGAGUGCGGCCGGACCACACAGCUGGAAGACGCGACCGGGUUUUGGUUGAGUCGCGACCGGGCUCUCAAUCAUAGAGCUAGGCAAAGAAAUGCAGCUGGGCAUGGCCGGAGGAGCUGGGGCCAGAUCAAGUUGGGCAGCUUCCGAAAAUGCCAGCGGCCGAAGAAUACCUAG